AUGGAAACUCGACAUUUGUCGACCGAUGUUUUUCCUCAUGAAAAAAACUUGCUCAAAUCAAUAUUUUAUCCACAAUUUGAGUCAUCAUUAAUAGAAAAAAAAUAUCAAUUAAGUUAUUUAACAAAUAUUUAUCCAACAAAUCAUCGUUUAUUAGUCAUUAUAUUAAUUAGUCAUUCUAUACUUAAGAUAUUUGAACUAUUUUAUUUAAAAUUUGAAAUAAAUUCUUCUACAAUAUUAUGUUUAUCAUUAUUAUGUUCAAGUUUAUGUUUAAAUAUUCUUUCAUUAAUAAUAAUCAAUUUUAUACGAAAUCGUUUGUUAGCAAAUAUAAUAUCAUUUAUAUGUUUAUGUCCAUUGAUAAUAUUAACUUGUUUAUAUCCAAUGGAUUGUCAUAUUUAUUUUUUAAUUAUAUUAAUAUAUACAUUACCAAAUUUUCCACUUCUCUUUUCAAUAUUAAUAUCAAUUAUAAUAACAAUACUGGCAUUACAGUUAAAAAUGCGUUUAAUACUAUUAUUAAUUAUUAAUUUAAUUGGAAUUUAUUUAAAUCGUUUAUUAGAUAUAACAAUGCAUUCAGCAUAUAAUCAAUUAUGUAAAAAUGCUAUUGUUCGUAAUUCAUUAUUAAGUGAACAUACAUUAAUAUCAAAAAUGAUUGAUUCAUUAAUGCCACAAAAAUAUUCUAAAGAAAUCAUGGAAGAUUUUGAUGUAUUUCGUGAACGUUUACAAAAGCUUAAUUUAUCACAUAACGAUGAAGAUGAUUUACGAAGAACUAUUUUUCGUCCAUUACAUAUUGAAAGAAUGGAAAAUGUUUCAAUAUUAUUUGCUGACAUUGUUGGUUUUACUCAUAUGUCAUCAAAUAAAAGUGCAUCACAAUUAGUUUCAUUAUUAUCUGAUUUAUAUGGAAGAUUUGAUGAUUUAUGUGUUCAAAUGUCAUGUGAAAAAAUUGCAACAUUAGGAGAUUGUUAUUAUUGUGUUAGUGGUUGUCCAGAACCUUGUAAAGAUCAUGCUAAAUCUUGUCUUUUAAUGGGUUUAGCAAUGAUUAAUGCUAUUGAAGAAUUUGAUCAAGAUAAUAAUGAACAAGUUGAUAUGAGAGUUGGUGUUCAUUCGGGUUCAGUUAAUUGUGGAAUAGUUGGAACAAAGAAAUUUAAAUUUGAUAUUUUUUCAAAUGAUGUUACUUUAGCUAAUAAAAUGGAAUCAACUGGAAAACCUGGUUAUGUUCAUAUCACAGAAUCAACAUAUUUAUUAGUUAAAUCAGAUGAAUUUCAAUUUGAACAAGGUCCAUCAUUUAAAUUAACAGACAAAGAUGAAAUAAAAACAUAUUUUAUUGGCAAAAGACGUUUAAGUCAUCGUAUAACUCGAAAACCUCCACAAAUGACAUUAGCAACUGCUGCUGCAUUUGCUGUUGCAUCAGGUGUAUCAUUAUCUGUUCCAUUAAAUGAUAAUAAUUUUCUAUCAAAUCAAACAACAAUACCAAAUGUUUCAAGUCCAUUAUUAGAAGAAGUUGAACAAGCUCGUCGUGCAACAGUAAGUGAAGAUGAUCUUGAACAAUGUUUAACAACAAAUAAUAAAGUCAAUGAAAAUAUUAUAAAUGAUAUUAAAAUUGAAAAUGAAGAAAAUCAAUUAAUUAUUCCAUUAAAUAAAUUAACAUUAAAAUAUAAAGAUAAAUCAUUAGAAAAAACAUAUUCAACGAAUAUAUUUCAAUAUAAAUUAAUUAUAAUUGAAAUCAUAUUAUCAAUUAUAACAUAUGUAAUAUUAUUAAUUUAUUUACCAAAACGUAUAUUAUCAUCAAUUAUAAUAUCAAUAUUUAUAUUAAUACAAUUAAUAUUAACAUUAUUUAUAAUACGUUAUCAUGAUAUUUAUUUAAAUAUAUCAAUAUUUAAAUAUUUAUUUUCAAUAUAUUUUUUAUUUUCACCAUUUAUUUUAAUAUUAAUUGGAACAAUCGAUCAAUAUUCAAUAACAUUUUUUGCAUUUCUUAUAUUUAUUUCAACUUAUUUAACAUUAUCACGAUCAAUAUCUCAUUUAAUUAAAAUUUUUUUUGCAAUUAUAUCAAUAUCAAUUUAUUUAACAUUUAUUUUAUUUAAAUAUGAUAUAACAAGAUCAUCAAUAGUGAACAUAAUUGUUUGUAUAUUAAUAUCAUUAAUAAUAUUAUAUGGAAUAAAUCGUCAAAUUGAAGUUGCUUGUCGUUGUCAAUAUUAUGUUGUUAAUAAAUCAUCUGAACAACGACAUGAAAUUGAAAAAGAACGUGAAAGAGCUGAUUGGCUUUUAAGAAAUAUUUUACCUGAACAUGUUAUUGAACCAUUACGUCAAUUAGGUGGAUCAUAUUCACGUAAUCAUCCAUGUGUUGCUGUUCUUUUUGCAUCAUUAGUUAAUUUUCAUGUUAUGUAUGAAGAACAAUAUGAAGGUGGAAAAUUUUAUGCUAGAAUUUUAAAUGAAUUUUAUGGAGAUAUUGAAGAAUUAUUUCUUGAUCCAAGAUUUUCAAAUAUUGAAAAAAUUAAAACUAUUGGAGCUACAUUUAUGGCUGCUUCAGGAUUACAAACAGAGUCAAAUAAUCAAAAUUCACUUGAAUGUGUUUGUGAUCUUAUUGAAUUUGCAUUAGCAUUUCAACAAACUAUGCAUAGAUUUAAUGAAGCACUUUUAAAUUUUGCAUUUGAACUUCGAAUGGGACUUAAUUUUGGACCGGUGACAGCUGGUGUUAUUGGUACAACGAAAUUAUUUUUUGAUAUAUGGGGAGAUACAGUUAAUGUUGCUUCACGAAUGGAUUCAACUGGACAAAAAGGAGAAAUUCAAGUUCCAGAACAUGUUGCAUUUGCAUUAAAAGAUAAAUAUAUAUUUGAACGUCGUGGUGAAAUUGAUGUUAAAGGAAAAAGUCGAAUGACAACUUAUUUUCUUAAAGGAAAAUUAAAUGUAUAA